AUGGACGAGGGGCCGCUCAAGCGAAAGCUGGCAUCGUGCUCUGAGAAGGAGAUCAAGCGCAGCGAAUGGAGCAUUGCGCACCGCGGGGGCGGCACUCUGCAAUUCCCUGAGCACUCUCAUUCAUCGAUCAUGGCGGGUACUCGCAUGGGCGCCGGUAUCCAGGAAUGCGACGUGACCUUCUCCAAGGACCACCAGCUGGUCUGCCGCCACGACCAGUGCGAUCUGCACACCACCACCAACGUGGUCUCGAUCCCAGAGCUCAACGCGAAGUGCACCGUCCCCUUCACACCCGCCAGCCAGGAUGGUAGCAAGCCGGCCACGGCCAAGUGCUGCACCUCUGACUUCACCCUGGCCGAGCUCCGCAAGCUCUGCGUCAAGAUGGAUGCCUCCGACACAUCCGCCACGACCCCGGCCGAGUUCCUAGGCGGCACUCCGGGGUACCGCACCGAUCUCUACGCCAAGACCACCUGCGACCGCAUCUCGACGCUGGGCGAGUACAUUGAGCUGAUCGAGGCGCUAGGACUCAAGUUCACUGCCGAGCUUAAAACCCCGCAAGUGUCGAUGCCGUUCCCCGCGGGCAGCAACUACACGCAGGAAGUCUUCGCCCAACAGCUGAUCGACGAGUUCAAGGCCGCCCGCAUCUCGCCCCGGCGCGUCUUCCUGCAGUCGUUCCUGUACGACGACCUCCUCUACUGGAUCAAGGCUGAGCCGAAGUGGGCCAGGCAGGCCAUCCUGCUCGACGAGAGCGCCGACGCCGACCCCGCGACGCAGAUGCCGGAGGCUGUGAAGCGUCUGUCUGAAUAUGCGAAGGCCGGCGUUCAGAUUGUGGCGCCGCCGCUGCAGUAUCUCGUCGCGGUGGACAGCGCCACGGGCAAGAUCGUGCCGAGCGCGUAUGCGGUCGAGGCGAAGCGGGUCGGGCUGGGGAUUAUCACCUGGACGCUGGAGCGGAGCGGGUGGCUUGGAGAUGGAUCGGGUGGUGGAUAUUACUAUGGGACCAUUGCGAAUGUGACGAACGGAGAGGGGGACGUGUACAACUUGUUGCAUGUGCUGGCGCAGGAUGUGGGCGUGUUGGUCCCGGGUCGAAUCGGCAUUUUCCACGACGACACCUCAAACAAUGUUAACACGGACAUCGACCCCGCCGUGUCCUGGACUUACCCCCCGAAAUGCAUCACCCAAACCACCAAAACUACCACCGGCGACGAUGAGCCAUCCCGCAUUGACUGUCUAUUUACCUCUGCCGAGUUCCGCAACGGCCACGGGACCAGCAUCGUCACGAGCACCACCACUGCCUCUGAGCUCCUCAGCGUCGGGGCAUUCCACGACCGGCCGGCGCCUCUUGCAGCUCAGCGCCGGGCAGCGGCAGCAGCAGCAGCAGCAGCAGCAGCAGCAGGGCUAGCGCAAGGAGGCGGAGGAAGUGGGCUAAGUUAUGAAAUUGUUGAUGUCGGCGAAGAAAAAGGCGAGGGCGUGGUCGCAACCCGAACAAUUCGACAAGGGGAGAUCAUUAUGGUGGACGUGCCAGCCGUGAUGAUGGGGAUGGGGUUCCUGGCGGACACGCCGGGUCAUCACCGACGAAGGGUGUUGAAGCAGGCGAUGGCCCAGUUGCCAGAGGGGACACGGGCGAAGCUGGACCGGUUGAAGCGGAGUGAGGCGGCUAAGUACGAGGUGGAUGCAAUUCUGGGGCGGAAUUCGCAUGCGGUCGUGGUUGGGGGGGAGGUGCAUGUUGGGUUGUUUGCUGAGGUGGCGAAGAUUAAUCAUGCCUACGUCCCCCUGGAAACACCUGCCGACGAACGUCGUCGCUACCUACACGACCACUGGGGCUUCAACUGCGCCUGCACGCUCUGCCGGGCGUCAGAUUACGACGCCAACGAGUCCCGAGCGUGGCGCGAAAAGGUCAAGAGCCUGCAGGAGACCAUCGCGUCGGCCCGCGACCAGGGCUACUACCCCGACGCCAUCACCAUGACGCACGAGUGGCUGCUGGUCGCCGGUUGGGACGGAACGCCGCCUUUCUUGCCAGAGUGGCACGGCACGCUGGCGGACUUGCAUUUGCUAAAGGGGGACAUGGCGAAUGCGACGCGGUAUGCGCGCAUGGCGAUGGAUGGGUGGGCCAAGCUCGGCAGUGUGGAUGACGAGCCGUUGGAGCGGGCGCGGCUGUUUCUGAAGCGCGUGGAUGAGUUGAAUGAGGGGAAGUAG